GCGUAAAAAGGCAGGACGGAGAGGACGCAGCGCGACGCGUCAGGCUGCUCACCUGAAACAGCUCAGCGUACAGACAGACAGACAGGCAAGCAGGCAGGCAGACAGGUAUACACAGGAGUGGUGCCGGAAGAACAAACAGGUCGACUUUGUCCAACUCCAGGCGUUUCUUAGAUUACAACUCUGCCCUGUGCUUCGCGAUUUCUUUAUGAAAGUGAAGCGGCACCGGAGGAAACAUGACAGAGCUGGGGAAGAAGCUGCUUUUGAUCGUGGUGGAUAUUCUUUGUGUCUUUGUUGCGGCUCUGCCUUCAGCCAUCCUGACUCUGAAGUUCGUUCCGUACCAAAGAGGAAUCUACUGCGACGAUAAGAGCAUCAGCUAUCCCUACAGGAGAGACACCAUCUCCCAUGGAGGCAUGGCUGCCGUCACCAUCACCAGCUCCAUCGUCAUCAUCACCACAGGAGAGGCCUACCUUGUGCACACAAAGCGUCUGCACUCCAACUCCCAGUUCAACCAGUACCUGUCAGCUCUUUAUAAGGUGGUGGGCACCUUCCUGUUUGGAGGAGCCGUCAGCCAAUCACUGACCGACCUGGCUAAGUUCACUAUAGGUCGUCCCCGUCCAAACUUCUUAGCCGUGUGCGCACCGGUCACCUGUAACGGAUACAUGCUGCAGAUCAACUGUACCGGCAACAUCCGCAAUGUGACUGAAUCCAGGUUGUCGUUCUACUCCGGCCACUCGUCCUUCGGGAUGUACUGCAUGCUCUUUCUGUCGCUCUACGUUCAGGCCCGGAUGCAGGGGAAGUGGACGCGACUUGUCCGCCCAACCAUCCAGUUCUUCCUGGUGGCGUUCGCUCUGUACGUGGGGUACACUCGCGUGUCGGACUACAAACAUCACUGGAGCGACGUGCUGGUUGGGCUGCUGCAGGGAGCUCUCAUCGCUGUGCUCACUGUCCGAUACGCGUCCGACUUCUUCAAGCAGCGCCCCCCUCAAUGCACACAACCAGACACGCCAGAGAUUGAACACCUCGAACGCAAACCAAGCCCACAGCCUCCCGACUCGCAGCACGGGAACCACUACAACUACCCUGGACCCGUAUGAGCUCUUCACGGCAGCGGCAGCAGCAGCGACUCUUACUAACCUGGGCCAACACUCUCUAACAGCAGCUCCGUUUAACCAAAAGGAGUGCAGUGACCACUACCUGGAAAUCCAGACUUAGACCUGCUCGACACGGAGAAAACCUCCUUAAGAAUUUGACAGCUAUGAAAACUCACAGAUUCCCAAAAACCUGUUUGGAAAAGAAGCUCCAGCCAGCGUCUGUGUCUUUUUUAGUUAGGGUGUGUGUGUGUGUGUGUGUGUGUGUGUGUGUGUGUUAUGGAAGUGUGUGAUUGAUUUGUAGUAUGUUUCAAAGUAUGCAAUUUUAUAUAUAUAUAUAUAAAUAUAUUUUAAUGUUUUUAUCUCACUCUGUGCCGUGUUCAUGAGUAAAACCGGUUUCAGAUAUGAGGUGAAUGCUGUGAGUUCAUCUGAAACGCCAGCUAAAGACUGCUGAAGAGAUCUGUUAAAUUUCAAAAACACCCAACCCAAGAUUUCUUUCUGUCCUUGGAUGGAGUGACAAAACCUUGGAGGCUGAAUGUUUUCCACUUUGUUGCUUACUGCACUCAGCUAAGUGUAACAGAUUUGUUUUACCUACACUGGAGCUCGAUGAUAUCAGCCUGUUUCUAAUAUUUUACUGUCUUUAGAAGAUAUGCAUGUGUAAUGAUGGACUGCUUUAACUAUAUACAUGAUUAUGUAUAGUGCUAACAUUUCUAUCAUGUUUUUAAACUACUGUAUCUAAUAAAUUGUGUAGCUUUUAAAAGAAUGUAUCACCACUACUUUUCUGUGACGUCACAGUGCUGGCAACAUUGUUCGGGAUGUUUUUUUCUUCUCUUUAUAUAGACGUCACCUAAGAAGGACGUCCAAAGACGAAUGGAGAUGUUAUUAGUGCAGAUUCGUCCCAUAAUCCGUCAUCAUUUUUCACUUUUAUUGUAUUUCAUGUGCUUGUGGAGCCACAAUUUCACUUGAAGUCCUACAUGAACUAAAUACACACCUCCGUGGACCUUCCUUCCUUCCUUCUUUCCUUUAUAACUUGUGUAAUCUAUUGUGAAGCUGCACAAAAUGUAAUCAUUUCUGUCAGCCUGUUGGUUGUUUUUAUUUGAGUUUUAUCAUAAAUAUUAGCCAGCA